UUUUUAGGGUCAAUUAGCGCACAUUGGUCCCCCUUAUCAAAUUCUGGCAUUUUCCUCGCUGUUUUAACCUCCAGUUUUCAACUUGGCCCAAUAACUGCAAUGCCUUUGUCUGCCGAAUUUUGCUCGUCAGAAAUGUUUGGAUGGCCAGCAGUUUAUUAUUUAUUGGGAACAAUUUCUCUGUUCCUUUUUACAAUUUUUUAUUGGAUUUAUAGAGAUUCUCCUAGAGAACACGAAUUCCUUUCUGCUCAAGAAUUGUCAAUUAUAGAAGAGGGAAAGUCUUUAAAAGAUAUUUCUGUUGGGCGUAGAAGGAAGGGAAAGGAGCUUAAACAAAAAACCCUUUAUAUGGCAAUUCUUAAAGAUUCAGCCUUUUGGGGCGUUUAUUUGUGUAGUGCUACAAGUAAUUUGGCAUUUCAAGUAUUUUGGCAAUUUGGACCGAUUUAUUUGAAUAAAGUAAAGUUAAAAAUGGGCGCUCCUGCCGUUUAAAGGGGGCCGUAGUUCUCUGACCAUUAUGAGCUCAAAUGUUGGUUUUUCCAUGGAUUAAGACUACUCCUUUUUGACUUCAUACUAGAGUUGCACCUCGACCCCGUACCCAGACCAUAUUUUCUCCCCGCCUCGAAAAUUCUAAAACCGCGUACCUCGACAUACC